CCUGUUUCGCGUAAUUUACAUAGACACCGUCUCAGGGUCAAGGUUGUUCAGUCGUGAACUUCCUCAAACACAAAUUCACCAUGAGUGAAGUACCAUGGUCGAACAAACGAGAAGAUUAUGAAUUAAAGGACGUUAUUGGUGCUGGAGCUACUGCUGUUGUUCAAGCAGCAGUCUGUAAGCCACGGAAUGAGUUAUGUGCAAUCAAGCGUAUCAACUUAGAAAAAUGCAACACCACUGUAGAAGAACUCUUGAAAGAGAUCCAGGCUAUGAGCCAGUGUAAACAUGAGAAUGUUGUCAGCUAUCAUACAUCAUUUGUGGUGAAGGAUGAACUCUGGGUGGUGAUGAAGCUGUGUGCUGGAGGUUCUAUGUUGGACAUAAUUAAAGCCAAGAUGAGAACAGGUAAUUGUACAAAUGGUGUUUUUGAUGAGGCUACCAUAGCAACCAUUCUUAAAGAAGUUCUCAGAGGACUUGAAUAUUUCCAUAGUAACGGACAAAUUCACAGGGAUAUAAAGGCAGGAAAUGUGUUACUUGGCAAGGAUGGGAUGGUAUAUAUAGCAGACUUUGGUGUAUCUGCAUGGUUGGCAACAGGGAAGGAUCAAACUAGAGAUGCGGUGCGACACACAUUUGUUGGUACCCCUUGUUGGAUGGCACCAGAAGUCAUGGAGCAGGUGACUGGAUAUGAUUUUAAAGCAGAUAUUUGGAGUUUAGGAAUCACUGCCAUAGAACUAGCGACAGGAACAGCACCAUAUCAUAAAUAUCCUCCUAUGAAAGUAUUAAUGUUGACAUUACAAAAUGAUCCACCAUCAUUAGACGCAGGGGCCGAGGAUAAAGAUCAGUAUAAAAACUAUAGUAAAGUUUUCCGAAAAUUUGUCUCCGACUGUUUAAAGAAGGAACCAGAAAAAAGGCCUACAGCUAAACAGUUAUUGAAGCAUGAAUUCAUGAGGAAAGCAAAGGAUAAGACUUACCUUGUAAAAUCACUAUUGUCAGAGGGAUCUUCAGUGAAACCACAGAAAGUCAAAAGAGUUCCAGGGUCAAGUGGGCGUCUGCAUAAGACAGAAGACGGAACAUGGGAGUGGUCAGAUGACGAAAUGGACGCAGAGUCGGAGGAAGGAAUGGCGGCAGUUGCCGAAGCAAGCAGGCGUUUGAACAACAAGGCAGAGCUAGGGGACAUUCAAGAAGAUGUGGAGUCACCACGUGUCAGGCCUUCAGAAGACCAAGAUGACGAGGCGGUAGAGAAGCUUGCUGAAGGUGCGGCCAAAAUGUCGGUGACGAACACGCAAGAACCGAGCCCACCUGUAGAGGGUAAGCCGGAGCCUACGGUUAAUGAUGUGGCAGAAGGGACUGUUACAAAAGCAGAAACAGUCUCAGCGAUUAACCUGGUGCUGAGAUUAAGAAAUGAGAAGAGAGAAUUGAAUGACAUUAAAUUUGAUUUCACUCCUGGACAAGAUUCCUCAGACAGUGUGUCUAGAGAGUUGGUGGAAGCUGGUCUUGUUGAUGGGAAGGAUAUGAUAGUUGUUGCUGCCAAUUUGCAGAAAAUUCUUGAUAAUAGAAUGUUAAAAAGUCUAACAUUUGCUUUAAAUUCUGGUUGUGCCCAAAACGAAGCCCCAUGUGAUAAAUCUCUGAUAGGAUUUGCUCAGCUCACCAUAAAUGAUGGAUAAGUGGAAACAUCAAAUAACCAAUGCAGCUUCAUACCCGGUUAUUGUAUGCCAGCUCAGUCCAAUAGAUCAAUUAUUGUCCACCUGUACAGUCGAAUUAAUCAAUUAUUGUACACCUGUAUAGUCCAAUAAAUCAAUUAUUGGAUGCCAACAUGGUUUUUGCAUGCCUGUUUAGUUUUAUAAGACAGUUAUUGAAUGCCAGCCAAGUCCAAUAAGUAGUUAGUGUACACCUGGGCAGUCCAAUAAAUUAGCUAUUGUAUGCAUUUCUGAUAAAAUUUAAGUCUAAAAAUUGUUACAUUGUUCUGUAUUUAGGUAUGAAAUUGAUACAUUUUUACAAUGAUAAGAUCUGGAAAUUGAUAUAUGUCACAUUGUCACUAAAUUUAGGUCUGGGAAUUGAUAUAUUGUUACUGUACAGAAGUAUUGAGAUGGAUACGUCCAUGAUUGUUAGUAUUUUCAUGUGUAAUGGUCUUGCACAGGGGCAAUUGUUUGAAUACAAUUUGUUUAUUAUUGUGUCCCAUAAUUUGCUACUUAAACAACCUUUCUUCCAUUUAUUUUAUAAAGAUAUACAUAUAUUAAAUCAUAUUUUAAUUGUGGAAUUUGAAAAUACACUGUUCUUGAAAAAUGAUAAAUAAAAAUGUUUAUUCCAAAGGGAAUUUAUAGAAUUUCCAUUAAGAAAGCUAAAAAUGGAGUAAAUUAUUUCCUCUCAAAAAUAUCUAAUUUAUAAAGUAGAAUGGCACAAAAUUUAUUUUACAGCUGUCAUAACUAAUGGACCAUUAAAAUUUUGAAAGUAAUUUUUGUUGCAUCACAGAAAAGAAAAAAGAAUUGUCACUAAGUUGAGACAUUAAAGAAUUUGCUUUAACUGUAUUUUUAACGGCUACUGUGUAAACAGAUAGUUGAAUGAUAGAUAAAACUUCAUUUCUAAACAUAUUUAUAUGUGUAUCAUAGGAUAUUACAUAAAUUAUUACACUGUGUAAAAUCAUUCAUGUAUACAACUUAUGGAGGAUGGUAAUAUAACCAAGAGAUAGAAAAUGGAUGUUGGGAAUUUGAAACAUUACGUUCAAAGGUACAUGUAUAUAAUACAUUUUGGUGCACAUGUUAUCACAAAUUCUGCAGCUUACAUAAUCAGGGCAAAAUGAAAUCUGAACACCAAAACUAUAUUGUGUGUAUUGUCCGGGACAAUCCUGGACAUUUGGGACAAUCCCAGAAGUCUGGGACAUUAUGCAUUUAUCAUAGUAUUUGUAAUGAAACCUGCAGAAAAGUUUUGUACAAAACUCAUGUUGUGGUACAUGCCUGACAUAUAAAUGCUCUAUAAGUGCUUAAUAUGCUCAUAAUUGUUUUUAUUUAUUAUAAUGCAUGUUUUAUAUUUGUUAAAACUUUUGGUGCAUUGCAAAAUUUAAGCAUUUUGGUUUUGGGUUGUUCCGCAAUCUGCCAUGAUAGCUUAAAAAUCAUGAAAAAAAUGAUGACUGUAGAGUGUUUUUGUUAUAUAUCUUUAGUUUACUGUUUUCUUUCUUCCUGAUAUCAUUUAGGGCCUAAUUUGUUCAAAACAGAACAAAGUCAGUUUGCCUGUUUUUGAUUAGCUUGUGCAUUUAUGCAAGACAUUGUCUCCAUUUUCCUGCUAUUCAUCAAACAAAUUCUGCAGAUUGUUGCUUUUGGCAUAAUUGCAUAAAUCUGUAAAUCUUUUUUACAUGAUAACCACUUAUUUCCAAUAUUUUUAAUAUUUAUAAUACUUGUUUCUUAAAUUUUAAUACCUGAUAUUAAAGGGACUCUACUGAGGUUUUUUGACAUGACGAGACUGGAAAUAAUUUUUCGAGAUUAAUUUAUGGUGAAAUACAAAUACUUACAAUGUGUGUUGGGUUUUUUUUUUUUCAUUUUUGAUAUUUGUGUUUAUCUAUUAUACUCCAUUAUGCUAAGUUUUUAU